UCGGAGAAGUCGGUAAAGCCGAGUCUGAGCCCGACGGCCCGGUUCAUCGAGAGAAACGUGUUCGAGAACUAGCGACGCCGAAUUAAGACCUUCGACGCACGUACACAUACAUACCUACAGAUAUACAGAUACAUAUCUACAUAAAUACAUAUAUAAACAUAUAUAAGAAUAUAUAUAUAUUUAUAUAUUGAUAUAUAUAUAUCUAUACAUUUAAGAAAAAAACAUUAAUUUGGAAUACAAUCAAAUUAUUACGGAUACGUACACGCGUGUAUACCGGUCAGGUGCGCGAAAUCGUAACCGUAGUGGAAGUCUGGAUGAUCCGAAAUUUGGCAAGUUGAUCAACUCGCUAUCAAUACUUCUCAGUGAUCACUACGAUCCAGGAUGAUUGUCCUCGCGUGGUCUUUGUUCGUGCUGGUCUCGUUACUCGUCGCCACUAAUCAAGCCUUUUUUGCUGCUCCUGCACCAGUUCACGGAGCGUCGAGUUACGAUGUCACUGGCGUGCAGCGACGAUUGGAGAGUUACGAGGUGAUUCAUAAAGUUAAUAACAACCAACACCCAGUUGAUUCGACGAGCAAUAAUCAUGACGACGAACAAACGGUUUAUGUGUUCGAAUUUGAAUCCGAAUCGAAUGAGAAAGAAGAAAGUCUGCAAGAAGGAAAGGAGACACCUUCUGGCGGAUUUAUUUAUGUUUCAGACGAGGAGGACGAUCAAAAUCCACUGGAUCCCUGGUCGAUCGUCUGGUACAUCGGUUCAUUCGGUGGCCUCGUCGCUUUUUUCCUCAUCGUCAGUUGUUCGGAAUGGUGCUGUCGUCGUGGUGGAAGGUCACUAUCGGUCCCUUAUUCUCAACGAAACGACGUGAUCAACGGACCGGUAGUAACCGAAACACCACCCCCACCUUAUCAUUUGUUCGCGCCACCCUCGUACGAUUCUGUGAACUAUGGCGAGAUAACGGACAAGACUUCUGGGGAGAAGGUAGACAUAUAUGUGAUAUCAGUGCCACUUCAUAGACCUGUGGUACAGGCACCAGCCUAAAUUUUCCUCGAAGAGACCCUCGAACGGAGGAUAUCAGUCGAAUUGAAAUGGAAACGACACCGCGUCGACAUCCAUUGACAAUCGUUUGUUGGUCCAUCAGUGGACGCAAUAAUACGAGAAGAAGGACGAUAUAUCGCUUUUGAAGAAUUUAUUAAAGCUUUCUCGGUGAUAUAUAUGCAUAUUCCUUUAAAUCGGGAGAAUUUUUGACAAUCGUUCGCCGAUCUAUGAACAAUAUCCGUUGAAAACGAGAUCGAGAAAGGACGAAGAACGAGCUUGAUAAAUUAUUCGUUUGAAUAUUGAAGAUACUUUUGAAUAUCGUGAACUUGAUACACAUAAGUAUCGCGAUGUAUGUAUAUAUAUAAAUUUGAAUAUUACGAAAUGAUAGAGAAGAUUUUUGUUCGUCGUUGAAAGAACAAAUAAUAUUUCACGAAGAUUAUUAAUAGCAGGAUAAGGAAUUUGAAAGGUUGGAAGGAUAUUUAUGAAACGAAGAAACGCGAGAAGCUUCGAAUCUUUCUAUGAUGACUGAUGGACACCAAAAAUUCCGAACUGUUAAAAAGAUUUCGAAAUAUUGUUACCGAAUAUUUAAAGAGACGUUAUAUUUCUGUGUAACAAUGAAUGAAGAAAAGAAAUGGAAAGGCCGGUUAUAAAUAUUUCUAGAAUUUAAAAAUAUCAAUUGAGAAGGAAGGUAAAAGAAAAAAAAAAAAAAAAAGGCAAUAAGAAAUUUCAUCAUACACACUCGGA